UUGUGGUGUACACUCGCGCGGGUAAUAGUCGUCCCGUGAAGGACUGGGAAAAUGGACCAUCACUGGAUUAUUCUUGUUUUAGUGACAUUAUAUAAGGUUGGAUUAACUAUUGAGAAUGGAGACAAAAUUAACGAUUCUCUGUGGUUAUACAAUGUUUACGCUACCUGGAAUGAGGCAUUUGGCAUGUGUAAGAGGAAUGACGCUUCACUCGCCGUGCCUGAUAAAGAUGAAGAGAAAGAUGUACGCGCAGCCUUGAACCCCAAAAAAUAUGAUGAAGUCUGGGUCGGCCAAUACACUUACACCACGCCUUGGAUGUACCCCACCGGGUGCUACAGUUCCAAUAAUCCAAACUUCACAAGGAUGGAACAAAAUAGCCUUACAACAUGUAAACAUUUGUGUGGCGAUUCUGACAUUAUGGUGAAUAUAUACAAUUGCCUAUGUGUGGAAAAAAACCCGGAUACAAACACUCGGAAACCGCUUGAACAAUGCAACACUAGUUGUCCUGGAAACAAAGAGGAAUAUUGCGGAGGACAAAAUGUUUUCCAGCACUAUGCAACAUAUACCGAUAUUAAGGAAGAUAGCAGUAGGCAUGACCGUUAUUGUGGACUGAUGGAGAAAUUGACAUCCAUUGAUUUACUACCGCAUGACUGCCGGGUACAAAACGCGUUUUUGUGUGCAGUGCAUGGCAAUGUGAGCAACGACAGACCUUUUUAUAUACCCAAGUACAACAACGGAAGGAUACGAUAUCUGCCCUUCAAAGAUGCCCUGGAAUACUGUGUUAAAAACGGAAGUUAUUUAGCUGACCCAACAAAAUUGGUUCUGAACCAAUUUAAGUCCAGAGAGCCAGCUCAAUACUGGGUUGGGGUCAGGAGGUACAUUACCUAUGUGACGUCAGUACACGAACUUCCAAGCAAGGUAAGAAACCAAAGAUGCCUUUAUAUCAUCAAAGGAUCUGCUGGGGUGACACCGGAUAGAACACGUGAUUGUUCGAUGAAAGCUGCCUUUCUAUGUCGGAAGCGAGUGGAACCCACGACGGCUUCUAAUGGUGGUAUCACGUCCAACGCUGGCACAUCACAUGCCAAAAAUACUCCAAAUACAACCAGAUCCCAGUCUUCUACAGUUACCUCGGAAAUUACCGGAACUCCGACCACCGAUAUAACAACUGACCAUGGAAACCAGGAACCUCCAUCAACAGGAAUAGAUUCAUGGCCGUAUAUUGCUGCAGGUGCCGGGUUUUUCGUUGUAAUCAUCGCCUUGGUUACCGUCGCCAUGGUCUGUUUAUGGAGGAGUCGUCGGAAAACGUCUGAAUUAGCUGCAGACAUCAUACCUUUAGAGACCCAUAACUAUGACUACCUCGACAUAAUGAUUACAGGGAAUGAGGACGAGACAAAUAGGCUUGGAGACGGUAGAUAUGAGAAUACCACGGACAGUACGGAAACUACCAUUGGACAAAAAGAAGCCGCAACCUCUGAUUCACCGAUAAACGAGAACGAAAACACCACUUGUAGCAAUUUCACUGGUCGCAUCAAGCCAUCAAUAUCUAGCGACGAAAAUAUCAGUGAUAAUCUUUAUUGUUUAGCUGAUAAUUCGAAGGAAGACAAAUCUUCUCCCAAACUUAGUUCGUCAUCAUUAGCUUGUGGAACAAAGCCCCAUACAAAGCCCCAUACCAGUAAAAGUCCAUAUGACUAUGCACAUUCAGUUAUUGGCGACCGGGGUAAGACUGACGAUUCAGAGAAUGUUGAAGAUGACAUUUAUAACCAACUACAUGCGCCCCACACCAGUCACAAUCGGCCUGCUGAUGAUGUAUAUGACCACGCCAACGCGAUGUCCUAUGAAGGAUGUUACCACGACAUUUCUAAACCCGGACAUGUAAACAAGGAAGAAAAUGUAAAUGCUUAUGAUAGCACUCACAAUAUACUAAAUUCAGAUGUGUACAAUACUCUUUCUAUUAAAGGCUCAAGGGUUAACGGAAAUGAUACUUAUAAUCCCUAUGUCGAUACACAUAUAGACCCACCACUGCCAUGAUUCACACGGCUAGAUUACAAAUUAGUCAAAUUCGUCAUUAGUUGUGUAAACGGCCGGCUUAUGAUUGAGACAAGAUGCAGCACUGGCAUUGUAUAGACAACUGAUUAACUUGUUCAAGACGACCAAUGUCGCAAAUAUAUUUUUCGUUGAUUUUUUACAUUUUUAAUGGAUGAAAAAAUAUUUAGUUUCUACCGACGUGAUUAAGUAGUAACUAAUAAAACCUGUAAGUCUACUUAAGCUGAGUUGAACAUAGAAGUUUAUGGCGGAAGCAGUGGAUAACGUAGAAAAUACUAACCUCCGGAAAUCCUGGUUUUAUUUUUCUUUGUACUUUUGUAAGGAUUUCGAGGUAGAGCAAUAUUUUGAUCAUUUUCCUUUCUAUAUAAUUGAUUUUGAAUUGAAGUUAGCAUUCACUGUUUGUUCAGGAACAAAUUGAAAAGAAAUCUAAUCUAAUGUUGUCCAUAAAUUCUAUCAAUAAAAUGGACGACUUCAAGAAAACAGAUACUCAAUACUGAAUCAUCAUAUCUUUAUCAAUAGUUAUCAAUAGGAUAUAGAGUGGUGAAACCGGUAUAUCAUAAUUUGUGAAAUUUUAGAGUCAACAAAUUUAAUAUAAACAUCCAUAAAAAUACGCAGGAUAACAAAACAUAUUUGAUAUAGAUUAAAGUUAAUAAACAGACACACAAAUACAAAUAUUCCCGCUUCAGUAAUAAAUGUUAAUGUUUCAUGUUGAUGGCACAUGAGGAAUUGAAUAAUGUUUUGUUAGUAAAUUUGUUUAGAGCUUUUGUUUUGUUUUGUAUUGGUUUGUGUUAAUAAAAUAAUAUAUGCUUA